AUGAACAAACCUUUACGAACCCAACACCCAUUAUUUAAAAUUGCAAAUAAUGCUUUAGUAGAUUUACCUGCACCUAUUAAUAUUUCAGCUUGAUGAAAUUUUGGAUCAUUAUUAGGAUUAUGUUUAAUUAUUCAAAUUUUAACCGGACUAUUCCUUGCUAUACAUUACACAGCAGAUAUUAAUUUAGCUUUUAAUAGAGUUAAUCAUAUUUGUCGAGACGUAAAUUAUGGAUGAUUAUUACGUACUAUACAUGCUAAUGGUGCAUCAUUUUUUUUUAUUUGUAUUUACUUACAUGUAGGACGAGGAAUUUACUACGGCUCUUAUUUAUUUACACCAACAUGAUUAAUUGGAGUAUUAAUUUUAUUUUUAGUAAUAGCAACAGCCUUUAUAGGUUAUGUUCUUCCAUGAGGACAAAUAUCAUUUUGAGGAGCAACAGUUAUUACUAAUUUAUUAUCAGCUAUCCCAUACUUAGGAAUUGAUUUAGUUCAAUGAGUUUGAGGAGGAUUCGCAGUUGAUAACGCAACACUAACUCGAUUUUUUACAUUUCAUUUUAUUUUACCAUUUAUUGUAUUAGCAAUAACUUUAAUUCAUUUAUUAUUUUUACACCAAACUGGAUCAAAUAACCCAAUUGGUUUAAAUUCAAAUAUUGAUAAAAUUCCAUUUCAUCCUUAUUUUACAUUCAAAGAUAUUGUAGGAUUUAUUAUUAUAAUUAUAGCACUUAUUCUAUUAACUUUAAUUAACCCUUAUUUACUAGGAGACCCAGAUAAUUUUAUUCCAGCAAAUCCUUUAAUUACCCCAGUACAUAUUCAACCCGAAUGAUAUUUUUUAUUUGCUUAUGCUAUUUUACGAUCAAUUCCUAAUAAACUAGGAGGAGUAAUUGCUCUUGUUUUAUCAAUUGCUAUUUUAGCAAUUUUACCAUUUUAUAAUUUAAGAAAAUUCCGAGGAAUUCAAUUUUAUCCUAUUAAUAAAAUUUUAUUUUGAAUUAUAGUAGUAACCGUUAUUUUAUUAACAUGAAUUGGAGCACGACCAGUUGAAGAACCUUAUGUUUUAACAGGUCAAAUUUUAACAGUAAUUUAUUUUUUAUACUAUAUCAUCAACCCACUUAUUAAUAAAUGAUGAGAUAACUUAAUUAACUAG